AUGGGCGAUAGGGACUUCCCCUUCGACCGUCCACUGGCGCCUCGUCGUCGAAGACGGCAGGCGCCGAUGCCUGCACAUGACGACCACGACGACAACGACGGCGACGACGACGAGGACUACAACGAGGCGCUCGCGUACCAGAACGACGAGACCAAGGACGACAGCGACGACUACGUCACGUGCAUUUUCCAGGAAUGGCAGUUGGCCUUGGCGGAGGGCUGGGAGUUUGACUACCCGGACAACAUGACGGACGACGAGAUCGUGAGGCUCGACCUCCUCGUCUCCGAGGUGGACCGACCUAUGCAGCCGCCGCUGCCCCGCUAUGCCACUGGCAUCAUGCCGCCGGGCCUAUCGGAGGAAGAAACCCUACCACUGGCACUACAUGACUCGUCCACGCCACCGGUUCAACCGCCGCCUCCACCUCCGCCCUACAACCCGUGGGGGGCUCCAGCUCCGGCCUGGGCUCCUCCACCGCCGCCACAGGCCUGGGCUCCUCCGCCUCCAACACCGUCGGCGCGCCCGACGUAUGUUCCGCCGCUUCUCAACUGGCCGUGGGUGGUACCGGAGCUCGUCGUGAUCAACAGCGACGAGGAGAAACAGUAG